AUGGAGGUGAUAGUGGGAGACUUUGGCAUUGUUGUGGUGCCACGGGAUGGUGUUGAUACCGAGAGAAUCAUGAGCCACUCCUCUGUACUUCGCAAGUAUAAACAGACUGGCCCUUCAGCAUGGCGAUGGGCAUGUGGUGGAUUACCUGUCUCAGCCCGUCAUUGACUACAUCCUUAAGAGUCAGCUCUACCUGAAUGCCUCCGGUUAAAGCUUUUGCUGGCAUCGUGGCAAAGCUGCCAUGUGGCGCCACCUUCCUAUGAUUGUUCAUCACGGUUCUCUUUCUCACUCUUGUUUCUUUUCUUUUUUUUUCAAUGCCUCUUGCGUGCAUCUGCCUAUUCCACUCCGGUUCCCCCCCCCCCCCGCAGCCCCGGGAAUUGCUGCCUACAGCUAACAGCCAAG